GCGUGCGUGCCGUGCGCUCGCCGGGCACCGCGGCCUCGCCCUCGCCCUCCGCCCCUGCGCCUGCACCGCGUAGGCCGUCCCCCCCCCCGCGCGCGCACCCCGUAGACGACCCCCGCCCGCGUCCCGGCCGGCCCCCCCUUUCUAGAUUUAAAGGGGGCGCAGCAUUAACGCCUCCUGCCUCAGGUGACCUCUCAGGGGGUCCCCCGGCAGAGGUGCCCCGCCGCUGAGGAACAUGGCGAAGGUGGAGCAGGUCCUGAGCCUCGAGCCGCAGCACGAGCUCAAAUUCCGAGGUCCCUUCACCGAUGUCGUCACCACCAACCUAAAGCUCGGCAACCCAACAGACCGAAACGUGUGUUUUAAAGUGAAGACCACAGCACCGCGUAGGUACUGCGUGAGACCCAACAGUGGGAUCAUCGAUGCGGGGGCCUCCGUCAACGUGUCUGUGAUGUUACAGCCUUUCGAUUAUGACCCCAAUGAGAAAAGUAAACACAAGUUUAUGGUUCAGUCUAUGUUUGCUCCGACUGACACUUCUGAUAUGGAAGCAGUAUGGAAGGAGGCAAAACCGGAAGACCUUAUGGAUUCAAAACUUAGAUGUGUGUUUGAAUUGCCAGCAGAAAAUGAUAAACCACAUGAUGUAGAAAUAAAUAAAAUUUUACCCACAACUGCAUCAAAGACAGAAACACCAGCGGUGUCUAAAGCUCUGAGCUCUUCUUUGGAUGACAGCGAAGUGAAGAAGGUGCUGGAGGAGUGUAAGAGGCUGCAGGGGGAGGUGCAGAGGCUCCGGGACGAGAACAAGCAGUUCAAGGAAGAAGAUGGACUUCGGAUGAGGAAGACCGUGCAGAGCAACAGCCCCGUUCCUGCGUUCGCUGUGGCUGGGAAGGAGGAGGGCCCCAGUGCCCGGCUCCUGGCGCUCGUGGUGUUGUUCUUCAUCGUUGGCGUCAUCAUAGGGAAGAUCGCCUUGUAGAGGCGGCCGGCGGAGGGUGGCUUUACUGGAUUGAUGGCCCGCCAUACCGUGGGCUUUGAAUUGAUCAUAACCAUGUGUAAAAAGAAGUUAAUGUGUGAUGACAUCUCACAGGUCUUGCCUUUAAAUUACCCCCUCCCUGCGCGUGCGCACGCGUGCACAUACACACACACACACAAUUAUAAUGUAACAAUCUUUUAGAAAGUGAAAAAUGUAUAGUAAAUGAUGGGGGAAAGACUGGUCUUUAUUAAUGACGAGGGAAACCGUGAUUAAAUCGUAAUGGCAUGUCGUAAGUGUCACUUUAAACAUUUGUAGCCUUGGUACCUGUGGCUGGGUUGAUUACCUCUCUCAGAACAAGACACUCUUCCUGCCUGUUGGUGCUGGCCCUUGGGGAGCGGGAGCCCAGUGCGGUGGGAGGGCCGUCCCCUCCACGUAGCAACCCCCGCCCCUACUCACUCACCCCUGGGCUGGGCUGCUGCUCCACGUCCUGCUCUGCUCUGCCCCUGGCCGUGGUUCCCUGGGACUGAUGAACGGGGUCAGAAGCCAAUGGCGUUGUGCUGUGGCAGCGUUGGAUAUGCCCGUCGGGAGUGGGAGGCGGAUGCUGACCGACUAGCCCAACACUUUGGAAAUCAAAGUCAAUGCUUUGUUCUCUUAAAGGGACCAAGCUAAAUUACUGUGGGUUCAUGUAGCGAGAUUCACUUGUUAUUCAGAGAUGUUUAAUGCAUAUUUAACUUAUUUCAUGUAUCUCAUCUCAUGUUUCCUUAUUGCCACAAGAUUAUAAUUACUGCUGUGGGCUACACAUCACCUGUGCCCCUUGGUGCCGGUGGGAGCUGCUGGCAUUGCGGCUGGAGAGCUGUGGGCUCCUCUCGGGAGGUUCUCCGGGCCCUGCGUACAUGUGGAGGGGUGGUUUGUCUGACUGUGGGAGAAGAGCUGCCAGGAAGGUUUGUCUGUGUGAAUAGAGGACAGCCGUCCGAGAGGGGAGGUUCUUAGUGGCAGCAGUCAGCUCUGUUCCCCUUCGAGUGGAGAAGACUGGCCGGGCUUCUGUGUUGUUCCUCAUUGCCCCUCCGCUUCCUGUGCUCCCUCCAGCACACGUGCCCUUCGUCUGGUACUGACCUCUCCCGUGUGGCCCUCGCUAGGAGUGGGGCGGCAGGGGCGGCCGCAGACAGGGAACCAGCGGGGUGGGGGCGGGGAGAGGGGUGAGAGUCUCUUCAGGUAAUCGUCAAGUAGUGAUUGAGAGUUUGACUGUAAAUUAAUUUUAUGCCAUAAAAGACCAAUCCAAUUCUGUUUGACUAUGUAGCAUCUUAAAAAGGAAAAAAAAAAUAAAGCCCCAGAACUAAGAGUUCUUUUGUCAUUUUGUCACACUUGCUAUGGGGGGGAUUAUUAUUCUUAUGAUCUUUGUUAUUGUUUUGUCACUGAAAGGUUGGUUCUAAAAUGAGCCCUAUCAGUGAGCAAUCUGUAUGUUUAAUGAUGGAAUAUAUAUAAUCGUGUGUGUGUGUGUGUGUGUGUGUGUGUGUGUGUGUGGUUGGCUUCAACGGAGAGCAUAAAAAUAAAACUGCUGAAAAUCUUAAGCAGCUGGUCACCCUUGCCCUUCCAUUGCUUUGCCCCUGGGUAGAAAGAACUCUCUUCUCUGGGUCAAGAAACCGAGCAGAAGAGACGAGGGACAAGUGUGCUGAGCGUGGCUGCGGGGAGCAGGUGGGUUUGAAAAGACAGAGCCAUCAAAAGGAAGACAGUUCUUAGAAGUCGUCCGCUUGACUCAUUCCUCCUGAGCUUGGCUGGGGCGGGAGGGCCUUGGUUCUGGCCCUGAGGAUCUGGUCAGGGACCUAGAGCCUGGGAGCUGGGCAUCUGAGUCCAAGUAAGUAGCUUCUGUCUUCGUGUGCGGUUCCUGGGUCCCGAGUGCUCGCGGUUCCGGGACGUGGAGCGGACCUAGUUCGCAGCCACACACCUGGUGCUCGGACGGCGUUGAGUGCGUGCAUGGGGAGGGCGGCCCAGUAGAAGUUAGGCUCCGGUAUUCUCUUGUCCUCGUGAAUCCAGGGACUUACGGAACGGGGUGGAAAGAUGGUGCCUUCUGGCAUUGAUUUUCUGUGAGUGGACUGCGGUCUUCCCAGGUGUGGGAGCUGCAGCGAACCGGUCCUGGUAGCUUCCAGCCUCUCACAGCCUCGAAAGGACCAGGGUUGGGUAGGUCUCGGACUGUUCCUCGGAGUGCGGCACGGUCCCGUUUCUCUGGAGCAGGACUCCCCAGGCAUUUUCUCAAGGGGUGUGGCUGUGUGUUCCCAUAAAACCCGAUGCGCAGGAACAGCUGGUGGCAUUUGGCGCAGGACGCCCGAGCUUGCCUGCGCUUGCACUGGGGCGACCGAGUUCUUAAAGACGGCGCCUCGGAUAUCUGUUCUGUUCUCGAACCUGGCAAGGUACUUUGUGUUUUGUGUAUAUGCAGGAGACGGCAUUCAGCUUCUCAGAAGAUGUGGACCUUUUGUUUGUAGCUGAAAAUGAGAAUUUAAAACCCACCGUUGCCUUCUUUCUCACUAAUCAUCCUGUAAGAUCUCUCGCUCCUUUAGAGGUUGAGAUUCGGCGAACGCAGGUUAGUUUACAGGGCUUUUUGACUGAGCAGAAGAAGGGAGCUCCCCAGGGAGAGAAGGAAGGCAGUGCCGGGAAGAUUGGAUAUUAUGUAAAUCAUCCAGGCAGUAAAGAGCGAGCCGGGAGAGGGAGCGUGCGGCGCAGCACGGCUAAGGGUCAGGGACCGUUUGAAGAGCCACAAACACUCAAAAUCUCAAACGUGGGCAGGGAUGCACCUUUUGAGUGUCUUUCUUGGAAUGACAGGAAAGGAAGCAUGAGAGUCAGGCAGAGAGGUAGAUGCACGGUCCCUCCCAUGGCCUGGCCUGGCCGAGGAAGAAACGAGUCAAAGAAUCAGAACAAACUGGCCCAGCCUGAGCAGGGCUGACUAAGUGAGCCCUCCCGCCUCCUGCCUGGCACCCCUUGACAGCAGCUCGGAGAGCGGUGCCUUUGUUUCAGAAAUCUGCCACCGAGCCCACAAAUACAUAAGGAGGCGUAAGCAAUAACAGGGUCCUGUAAAUUUUUAUGGAUUGAAUUUUUUAAUUGAUAAUUUAAGCUCCCUCCGCACAAUACAGAAUGCUUCUUAAAGUACAAAUUCUUAUUAAAAUACAAAGUACUUCUUAAAAUACAAAAUACUUCUUAAAGGCAGCAGGAUGUAUUAUUUGUAGGUAUGAGGACCCGGCUUUAUUAUUUUUUAUCCUUCUAGUUUGCAUGUUUUCCUUCUCUCGUCUUCUAAAUUGCCUGCACCAGCAGUAAUAAAUACUGAUAAAAUCAAAAUUGAUUUUUAGCAGUGGACAGUUUAUGCCUAGAGAGACGGCUUAUACCUACAUAACACAGAAGUGGGAAAAAUGAGGAACCGCCAGUGAUCCGUGAAAACCUAAACGCUUUCGAACAAAUCCCAGGAACAGAACUGCUAUCCACUGAUAUCAGUGCCGUCUUGCAGGCUCUGCUGGGUCAGAUACAACUGAAUGCAGUGAUAGCUCAGAGCUAAAUAGCCUUUCAAAUUAAUUUGAAAACAAACUGUGUGUGUGUGUGUGUGUGUGUGUGUGUAGCAUAUGUAUCAUAUGUAAGUAGCUUAACAUUUUUCAAAGGGUGCCUCUAUUUUUUGCACACACAAAUCUUUAUAUUUGCAAACUCAGAAAUCCAUGCCAAAACACAAUACUGUUUGUCAUUUUCAGUCCCUCCUCUAAACUGGACCAUUCACAAGUUUCUGGUUACGGUUUGUGGAAUUCUUGGUUUGAAAGGCAAAAACAGGGAGUGAGAUGGGGCCCAGGCGUCCCUGUCCCCUUGAGCGUGGAUCUGCCAGUCCCCCCCACCCGGGGAGCCUGCCUCAGGUGACGAGGCCGCUGCGCCCUCUGCUGGCGGUGGCCGCUCCCUGAGGGCAUCUCGCGGGCUCGGGGGUCCAGGGCGGCCUCCCCUGUCCCUGUCCGCGAUCCAUCUGGCUAGAGGAGGAGCAGAACGAGGUCCAGCUCCGGAGUUACGAAGUGACCACCGCGAGGUGUCCGCCUGCAGUUAAGCGCGGGCUCCCCUGCCCUUGGUGCGAGCACUGGUGGGAGGUCGCCGGGACGGGACCUGUCCUGAGAAAGUCCCCUGACGCACAGAGGGGUGGCUCCGGUUCCCACGCACAGAUCUGCUAGGGCCUGUGGUCACCACAGGUGCCACACGUCGAGAGGGGCCCCUCGGGGUGUCCGUGGCCCGACUGGCUUUGUGGACGGCUCGUUUCCUUUUUUAACCUUCCUCCGGUGGAACUGCGUUGAUAGGAACCUCUCGGGGAAAGUAGCUGCUGUUCCAGUGCUGCCUCGGCCUUGUGCAGAGCCCUUCCAGAACGUUCCAGAACGUUCGCUCAAACAGCUGCGAUGGGAGGGCGGGGCUGCAGGAUGAGGGCUUUGUUUCGAAAGGGAGGAAAUGAAGUCUCCAAGAGGCUACACUGAGCAACUUCUCAGAGCCUCUCAUUAGGAACGAAGUGGGUCUCAGGGAGCCCACGGGGAGGCCGGCAUGGCCACGGCGGGGUCUGGCCCGUGGUCCCACCCAGACGGGCCGUGCGGAGGCUCUGCUGAGUGAGCUCGCGGGCUCGGGCGCUCCCACCGCUUGUGCCCUCACGUGUCUGUCUUCCUACCUCACGCAGUUGCCCUGAAGAUCCAGUGGACAGAAGCCGGACACUGAGAUGCUUUUUUUUUCUUUUUGAAACCAAACACGCUCAGACAGGGAGGGACAGGUCUGCUUUCCAUUUUCUCUUUGCCUGAAGAGCUCUGCCUGAUGCUCGUGGGGGGUGAAUUGGGGGGAAGGAGAUGCCCAGUCCGUCUCGGCGAGCGGGGCACGAGGCUGCUCUCUGCGGGGCUUGGCAUAGCUCGUAAAUUCAGUGUGAAGCGAGGGCAGUCCAUUGAGGUUGGCGUCACAGCAGUGGCCUGCGGGGUUUCAGAACAGCCAAGCUUCUGGGUGCGGACCUCUCCCCGAGUUAGCGCUGCCUUUCUCUGGGAGAGCCUGGGAGGAAGCAAGUCCCAGGGCCCAGAGGCGGGCUCGGGAGGCCGUGAAAAAUGGGCCUCCAGCAAGACUUCCAACCCUCUCACUCCAGCAGCUGAGUCCCGUCUGCCACACGCACAGUCCACAGGCUCAACCUCCCUAGAAUGUCAGUUUGGGUGCACGAGAGCCCCCCCCCCCCCGCACCGACCCCCUGCAGCGGGAUCCAGACCUCCCUCUGCGGGGUGUUAGUGACGUCAUCUAGGCCACCGAGAAGUUUUCGUCUUACUACUUUUCAUUACAGGGGUAUUUUGGAAAAUGUAGAAGACAUGAACACACACAAAUGGUUGUGUAUAAUAGUUGCAAGUGAAACCCGCAGAGGUAGAUGAGAGGUUGUCUUGGGUAAGAUAAUUACUUGAGAUUUUUUUCCUAAUGGAAUUAAUUCAUUAGAAAAUAUCUGCAUUGACUCGGUAGAAGAGGAGGAAAAGCUAGCAACAAGAGCAUAGCUGUUACCCGACUUGCCGUGGAUAUUCACAGUUGCGAUACCUUGGAAUGUUGCCACAAUAUGGAUUGCUUUGAUUAAAAGAUGCCAGUUGCAUAAAACAGGACCAUGGGGUAAUAGUUUUCUGCCGCUAGAUAAAUGCUAAUGUUCAUUUUUAAACCAGGAAACACUGAUCCUGUGACAACGCCCUAUUAGAAUUACUUCAUUAGACCACAGGGUUGAUGUCUAUUUAAUCAUUCGGCUAACGGACGUGGGUGCGGGACCACCGUGUGCCCACUGCGUCCCGCUGGGCCCCGGAGUGUCCAUGUCCCUCCUGCCCAGCGCCGCAGCCGGCCCCAGUGGAUCCCAUCUACUUCUUGUUUCCCUUCAGUCCAUGCCAAAUAGGGUAGACAGAUCUGAUGAUCUGUCAGAUCAGUUUCCUUAAGGCUUAGUGCUCGCAAGGAUGCAUAGCUUUUUGUGACUUAAAACACUAAUAAACUAGCAUGCUUGCUUCUCAUGUCAACUCAGUGGCUUUCCGUGUGAUACGAAGAGGUCUGGUUGUUUCUGUGAACUGGACACCUGCAUUACCGUCUUUCUUUUGUACUUACGAAGUCAACUACAUUCAGCUGUGACCUUCCACUGCGGCAUUCUUUUAAAACGAGGCUUUUCCCUUGACUCUUGUAGUUGGAUUCAGAGGUCAGAAUUUAUUGUCUGUAAUCCCGAGACCAUGAGUGCAAGAACCGCUUGCCUUCAACGUUCCUGUGUUUAGCAAACAUUUUAUCGGUUUACCUUCGGUAUGUUAGAUACUGGAGGAGACGCUGAGGAAUUAAUCAACAGGAGUGAUCUGUUUUUGUGCGUUUCAUUCGUAAGCACCCUCAGUAAAGUGCUCCAAGCUUACGUGUAGAGAGCCGACUGCAAAGUACAUUGGGUUCUCAUGUCCGCUGCUUACUUUUUAAAGAAUUUAUAAACUGCUGCCGUUGGGAACUUCUCUAAGAAACUUAGAAUGAUCUAUUUAAAUGACCCCUUUACCACCUCUCUCCUUUGUGAGAAAAGAAGUCAUUUCAGUGGCGCACGCUGUCCCCUCUGCUUUACAGCUUUCUUCCUGUGUCGGGGAAAAAAAAAAUCUCUGCAGUUUAUAGUGUGUGUUUUCAUUCUGACUUCAAUGUACAUUAACAUUUUGGGGGACCGCGUCUUUUAAGAGCUGUCUUACAAUGCUAUUGUUUCCAUAAUUUUUCUUUUCUGUAUUUUGAGUUGUAUUUCCUGUUUUGACUGAGAAUUCAUUUAAAAAGUUGGUGCAGGAAAGGACUCUACCAUCAUCCAUUCUGGUUAUCUGAUAUGUAAUAAAUUCAUGGUUUUAUGGCUGACUUUACAUUUCCCAGAGGGAAGGAGAUGUAUUUCUGCAGUGUCCAGAUCGAAAGAGCUGUUCAGAGCAUGUUCUCACAUGUUCUGCCGUGUCGGCCUGAUGAAGCCCGCCCUGCGAAGGCGUAAACUUUUGUACUAGCUGUCUCCGCAUUCUGGUCAAUAAAUUCUGUGCUCUGAAUAUGUUUAAA